GUAUAUUAAGAUAUCAUCACAAUACAGGUAUAAAGAUAUCAUCACAAUACAGGACCCAACAAAUGUGGACAAAUUUAAUUUAAAUACCUUCUACCAUGUAAGGAAGAAAUUGAAGUAUGGAGAUGAAGAUGAUGAAGCGGCUCGGAAAAAUCCCAUGUAUCAUCUGAAGUCUGUGAAUGCAGAAACCCGUGACGUCCUGUCAGAGCUAGAGAGGGACUAUAAACCAGCAGAAAAGAAAGAGGAAGAAAAGAAGAAGGCUGACUUUUUGAAUGCUGCCCACUACUCUACGGGGCGGGUGGCUGCCUCGUUCACAUCAACAGCCAUGGACCCCACAACUCAACAUGAAGCAGCCAUCAUUGAUGAGGAUGUGUUGAGGUAUGAGAUCGUAAAGAAGAAUGGGAAAAAGGGCUACGUGUCCCUGAUUACUAACUAUGGUCUUCUGAACCUGGAGCUUCACUGUGAGAUGGUGCCCAAAACCUGUGAAAAUUUCAUCAAGCUCUGUCAGAGGGGUUACUAUAGAGACACAAAAUUUCAUCGACUGAUUCGUAACUUUGUGCUCCAGGGUGGGGAUCCAACAGGCACGGGAACAGGUGGUGAAUCAGCAUGGGGAGGAGCCUUUAAUGAUGAAAUCAAACCCAACCUGUCUCACACUGGCCGUGGUAUACUGAGUAUGGCCAACUCAGGACCAAAUACCAACAAGUCACAGUUCUUCAUCACAUUUAGAUCAGCAAAACAUCUUGAUGGAAAGCAUGCAAUAUUUGGAAGAGUUGUUGGUGGUCUGGAUACAUUGGACAAAGUGGAGAGGAUUGAAGUGGAUAAGAAAGACAGACCAAAGAAGGACAUUGUGAUUGAGGACUGUCGUGUUUUUGUCAAUCCAUAUGAGGAGGCAGAUGAAGAGUUGGCAUCAAAGAGGGAAGAACUGAUACAAAAACAGGAAGAGGAAGUGGCAGCAAAGAGAAAGUAUGUGUACAAGAAAGAACCGGAGGAGGACACCCUUAAAACUUACAAAAAAGGAGUCGGGAAGUACAUCAAUCCUACAGCACUGAAGCGGUCAGCUGAGGACACACCUCUCCCCACAGUCAAAAAGAAAGCCAAACCAGAGGGGGCCAAGUUUGGGGACUUCAGCUCCUGGUAGAGACUGAAUCAGAGAACUCUGACUAUAAUCUAUAUUGACAUUCAAAAGGCAAUGCAAAAAUUUAUCUCAUUUCUGAAGAAAAUUGUAUGAAAUAU